AUUGACAUCUUUCCGGUUUGAACAUGCUACUUUACAAUCAUACAAUGUAAUCAGUGUUAACAAGGAAUUAAAUAUCAAUAUCAAAGUCCACAUAUCCAAUAUCAAUAGCAAAAUAUUAAGAGACAAGUUGAGGAUUAAGAUUUCAAGGUAAAACUAGACAGUCUCAGGAAAGAAAGCAUCAAAAAAGUUUUCAUCAUCUACAACAUCCAUGGCAUCAGAUGAAGAUCUUCAAAUUUACUGCCAGCCUUGUGACAAGAAAGGAACUAGACAUCCUACCCAUGGUUACUGUACUGACUGCAAGGAGCACCUUUGCGAGACAUGCUUUCAAGCCCAUAAAAUAAACAAGUUUACCAAAAGGCAUACAUUUCUGGAUGCAACAAGUAUGGCUAAAGUUUUGCAGCAACUCUCAACACCCACCCACACAGGCCAGUCUGAUGUCCUGACCUCACCAUGCCAUAAACAUCCACAAGAAAUGAUCAAAUUCUACUGCAAUGAUCAUACAGAAUUACUCUGCAGUGUUUGUGUUACCCUUGAGCAUCAAGUUACAUCCUGCAAAGUCAACUAUAUACCAGACAUUUCUGGUGAUAUAAUAGACAGCAAAGAAUAUCAAGUUAUCUUGAAUGCAGUAAAUACCACUUCUGACAAAUUUCAACAGAUAUUUAAAGAUGUUAAGGACAUGACACACAAAUCAAACAGCUCUCUCAAAGAUGCAUUAAUUGACAUUAAAAAGUUCCGCCAAGAAAUCAACCAAAGACUAGAUGAACUGGAGAGACAGGUUGAAGAUGCAGCUAAAGUCAUAAAACAAGAAAACAAAAAACAUCUAAAAGCAGCAGAAGAAAUAUGUGAAGAUAUAACCAAAUCUUUGAAGAAAUCAUCAGACAAAAUCAAACAACUUAACACAACAAAACAAGCUGAAAAACUCUUCAUUGAUUUAAAACUUGCAGAGAAAACAAUCAAAGAUAUGGAGGAAAAACUACAAACCUGUCAUCAUUUGAUAUCAAAGAGCACAACUUUCAAUCAAAUGAUGUCUAGACACUUUUCAUGUCAAGGAGAAAUUUGUGUGAUGGCAUCAAAAGAUAAAAUAACAUGCUAUAUAACAGGAAUGACUCUGCUGACUCCUGAUCUUCUUAUCAUCACUGACUACUUUAACAAUGCUGUAAAGAUGGUGGACACCAGCAGUCAAUCUGUGUCUGAUCAACUACAACUAGAUGCUGGACCACAGGAUAUCACUAGAUUCACCAGUUCUGAACUUGCUGUCAUACUUCCAGACAUACAAACAAUACAAUUUAUAUCAAUCUCAUCAAACAAACUCAUAAAGAAGCACACUAUAAAGGUUGGUGGAGAAUGUCGUAGUAUAAGCUGUUACCAAGGUAAACUUGUUGUGUCAUUACGAUCUCCUGCAAAACUUCAGAUCCUUGAUAUGAAUGGCACUAUACUGACAACAAUUGAUGGAAAAAAUAUUUUCAAAGAUCCAUGGUAUAUCACAUGUAACAGAAGUUCUAUCUAUGUAUCUGACUGUGACAUGAAGACAAUAACAAAAUUAAACUGGCAAGGUGAAGUGAUUGGUAGUUAUAGUGGUAUGGGUUACCCUACAGGAAUGUCACUGUCAGAUGAUGGUACUGUCUUUGUGUGUGAUAAUGGAAACUGUGUUAUAGAAGAGAUAUCAGGAAACUGUUCUACAGGAAAGGUGGUGCUGCAGGAUCUGAAAAGACCAUGGGCUAACAUGGCGGUCUCAGGAAAGAAAGCAUCAAAACAAUUCUCGUCAUCAACAACAUCCAUGGCAUCAGAUGAAGAUCUUCAAGUUUACUGCCAGCCUUGUGACGAGGAAGGAACUAGACUCCCUGCCCAUGGUUACUGUACUGACUGCAAGGAACACCUUUGCAUGACAUGCUUUAAAGCACAUAAGAUAAACAAGUUUACCAAAAAGCACACACUUCUUGAUGCAACAAGUAUGCCUAAAGUUUUGCAGCAACCCUCAACAUCCAUUCACACAGGCCUGUCUGAUGAUUUGACUAUGCCGUGUCCUAAACAUCCAAAAGAAAUGAUCAAGUUUUACUGUAAUGAUCAUACAGAAUUUCUCUGUUGUGUUUGUGUUACCCUUGAACAUCAAGCUACUUCCUGCAAAGUCAACUAUAUACCAGACAUUUCUGGUGAUAUCAUAGACAGCAAAGAAUAUCAAGUUAUCUUGAAUACAUUAAAUACCACUUCUGACAAAUUUCAACAGAUACUAAAAGAUGUCAAGGACAUGACACACAAAUCAAACAGCUCUCUUAAAGAUGCAUUAGUUGACAUUAAAAUGUUUCGGCAAGAAAUCAACCAACGACUAGAUGAACUUGAGAGACAGGCUGAAGAUGCAGCGAAAGUCAUAGAACAAGAAAAUAACAAACAUCUGAAAGCAGCAGAAACAACAUGUGAGGAAGUUACCAAAUCUCUUAAAAUAUCAUCAGACAAAAUCAAACAACUCAACACAACAAAACAAGCUGACAAACUCUUCAUUGAUUUAAAACUUUCACAGGAGACAAUCAAGGAUAUGGAUGAAAAACUACUAAAACUGUCAUCAUUUGAUAUCAAAGAGCACAACUUUCAAUCAAAUGAUGUAAUAUUAAAUUUGAUUAAAACAGAGAAGUCACUGGGUACAUUGACACAGAAAACUUUAAAUAAAGAAUGUCAACCUGUACAAAUAAAGUCUAGACAAUCUUCAUAUGAGGGAAAAAUCUGUGUGAAGACAUCAAAAGAUAAAAACACAUGCUGGAUAACAGGAAUGACUCUGCUGACUCCUGAUCUUCUUAUCAUCACUGACUGCAAUAACAAUGCUGUAAAGAUGGUGGAUACCAGCAGUCAAUCUGUGUCUGAUCAACUACAACUAGAUGACAGAUCAUGGGAUAUCACAAGAGUAACCAGUACUGAACUUGCUGUCACACUUCCUAACAAACAAACAAUACAAUUUAUAUCAAUCUCAUCAAACAAACUCAUAAAGAGGCACACUAUAAAGGUUGGUGGAGAAUGUCGUGGUAUAGUCUGUUACCAAGGUAAUCUUGUUGUGUCAUUUUGUAACCCUACAAAACUUCAGACCCUUGAUAUGAAUGACACUAUACUAACAACAAUUGAUGGAAAAAAUAUAUUCAAAGAUCCAUGGUAUAUCAUAUGUAACAGAAGUUCCAUCUAUGUAUCUGACUGUAAAAAGAAGACAGUAACAAGAUUAAACUGGCAGGGUGAUGUGAUAGGUAGUUAUAGUGGUAUGAGUUACCCUACAGGAAUGUCACUGUCAGAUGAUGGUACUGUCUUUGUGUGUGACUGGGAGAGAGGUGUUAUAGAAGAGAUAUCAGGAGAUUGUUCUACAGGAAAGGUGAUGCUGCAGAAUCUAAAAAGACCAUGGGCUGUAUGUUUGUGUAGAGAAACAAAGAAGCUGUAUUAUAGCUGUUAUACUUUGGGUGAAAAAUAUGGCAACUACCUUCACAUCUAUAACCUGGCAUAGACUUGAGACUAAGUUAAUUAAACAAUGUCAGUAGUUCUUAAAUUCAUCAUUCAUUCUUCUAAAACUGGUCUAAAUGUGAAAGCAUGAUGAAAACUUAGCAAGAUACUUUUAUGCUGGAAUUUUUUUUCAUCUUUAAAUGUUUAGUAAAAUCUUAUGUUAUAUGGAUGAAUGAUUUAAUCUAUCCAUUUGUUGUAUAAGUCUUAUAAAUGGUUUGGUGAGAAACUAGGAGACUUCAAUGGUGAUGCUGAGAAUACACUGAAUAACAAAGGAACAUAAUGCAGUUAUAAGGCUAAUGACCAAUAUCUGUUAAAAUGGGUCAUAACUCCUAAAAAUAUUCCUUUCUAGUUAAGGUUGAUGUUGAAUUUUUCAUAGCCUUUAAAUCAUUAUAAACUAAGAUUAAUAAUUUUCUAUAUUUCUAUUUUAUAUAACAAUAUGAUUUCUGGUGAGUUUUUUUAUUUAUUUAUUUUUUUCAUUUUUUUUAUUUUAUGUUAUCUGUCCUGUUUCUACUCAUAUUUUGUACUAUAAGCAUUUGUAACAGUUACAAUUAUUCAGAUUACAUCAAUAAAAGUCA